UGCAAAAGUGCGGUCUCGAUCCCGUCCCCCGGCAAAACCCUAGUCGGCCUCCGCCGCCGCAUCCGCCAUGGAUGCCGCCGGCGCCGCUGGUGGAGAACCAUUUGUAAACUACGCCGCCGAAAUCUUGGUGAUUUUGAACUCUCUAGGAUUGGAGGGUCCGUCAGCGCAGGACCGCAUCGAUCUCAUCGUCCCCGAUCUCAUCUCCCUCCUCCCCCCGCCCUUCGUCCCCGCGACAGAUGACGACGGCUCCUCCGACUCCGACGACGACCACUUUUCCCUCACGUCCUCCGAAUCCGACGGCAGCGGCGGCGCCGCCGGUGCCGGCUGGCCCGCGGCGCAGGAUGACGGCCAGGACCACAUCGGCCGCCUCGCGGACGACCUGCUCUCCAACAUCGUCUCCCGCCUCCCCACCAAUGAAGCCGCGCGCACCAUGGUCCUGUCGACGCGCUGGCGCUUCGUGUGGGCGGCGACCCCGCUCCUCGUCGACGACGCUCACCUCAGGGCCGCCAACGAGUCCCACGAGAUGUCCGCCUUCCGCGCCGUGCGCGCCGUCUCGCGCUGCGUGGCCGCUCAUCCGGGGCCCCUCCGCGCCGUGCGCAUCACCCACCUCUCCUUCCACCAGCAGGAGUACGCGCUCCAGCGCCUGGUCGCUGCCCUCGCCGCCAAGAACGUGCAGGACCUCAUCCUCUUCAACCGCCCCUCGUCGCUCGACAUGCCGCUCCCCGACGACAUCCUCAGCUGUGCCUACCUCACCCGCCUCUACAUCGGCAUAUGGCGCUGGCCCUUCCUGGACACUACCGCCCACCCGCCUGCCUUCCCCAACCUCCAGGAGCUUGGCCUUUUCCACACCAUCAUCGAGGACAAGGGAGUCGAUGCCUUGCUGGCGCAAUGCCCCAAGCUGAAGAUUUUCUCCUUUGUCAUGGCGUGCAACUGCCCUUCACGCCUCCGCGUCAAGUCCCGCAGCCUCCGUGUUGUGAUGGAAUGGAAAUGCAGCUUCGAUGAAGUCAUCAUCGAUGAUGCCCCCUGCCUGGAGCGCCUGCUCUUGGAAAGCUCUGGCGACCGGAGGCCCAUCAAGAUUGUACAUGCGCCUAGGCUGGAGAUACUCGGGUUCUUGGACCUCCAGCUCCACACGCUCGAGAUUGGCGGCAUUGCCAUCAGGGCUGGGAUGAAUGUGAGAGCUUGUGCCAUGCUGCCAAGUGUGAAGAUACUUGCUGUCAAGGUACGGUUUUGGGAUGACAUGGAGGCCAAGAUGCUGACCACUCUGCUCAGAUGUUUUCCUCAACUCGAGACGCUUCAUAUCAUGUGCAUUCCAUCUAGGUCACCUGAUACUGUGGAUGAUAUGGAUUUCUGGAAGUCCCUGGCCUCCUGCGAUUGCCUUGACUCUCAUCUGAAGACGUUCGUCAUCCACGGAGUUCAGGGCCGGAAACAUGAGGCGCGGUUCACCGCUCACAUUUUUAAGAAUGGUAAGGUGCUCAAGUCCUAUGGCAUUGUAUAUAGUCACAGUGAUUAUGUGGCAGAGGAUGGAUCAGAUGGAAGCAGUUCAAGUGAUGAUGUGGUAGAUGAUGGAUCAGAUGGGAGCAAUGGAAGCAGUUCCAGUGAUGAUGUGAUAGUGGAGGAAGGCCCAACGUCAGGUUCUGUGGGUGAGGGCAAUGCGCCAUCAGGUGGAAGCAGUGGCAGUGAUGAUGCGGAAGUGGAAAGACGACCAAUGUCAGGCACCGUUGGCGAGGGCAAUGCGCCAUCAGGUGGAAGCAGUGGCAAGUAUGUUUUUGCUCACCCCGCCUUCCCUUGCUGGAGCUUUCAGAACGCCAUUAACUUGUUAGUGGAGGAUCCCUUCUAUGUGCUGGGGCCUGUCAUGGCCCGGAUUAAUAUUGUUGGGGGCGAGACGACACACUAG